CCGGUGAAAAUCAUUCCUACAGAUUUUCAAUAUGUCAGGCUGUAAGAAGCCGCGAGCUGUGGCAAAUCCUCUGGAAUCGACCAUUACAUCUCCCAGUGAAAGAAUACUGAAAGAAUGCCACACUUUAUAUAUCGACGACGACAACGGAUUGGUGAAAAUUGCGGAAAGUUUGGGAGUGAGGCUGUUGCCGCCACAGAAAAAGAUUAUAGUUAUGAUUAUGGGGAACCAUUCUGCUGGAAAAAGCUCCUUCAUUAACUGGUACGUGGAGGAGCACAUACAGAAGACCGGUGUUGCCAUCGAGACACAAGGCUUCACGUUUAUAACCAGUGGAAGAAAACGAGAGUCACUAACAGGAAAUGCAACAUUACACCUUUACCCGCAUUUCAGACCUCUGCUGGAGUUCAAAGGUGUCACGGAUUACCUGAGUGCUGAGAUUUCCACCUCCAAACAGAAGAAGUUCAGCCUGGUGACGUUUGUGGACACUCCAGGGUUGGUGGAUGGAGAUAUGGUUUACCCUUUUGAUGUCAACAGUGCCAUCACCUCUUUUGGUGAGCAGGCGGACCUCAUCUUUGUGUUUUUUGACCCGAUGGGACAGGCAUUGUGUAAACGUACGUUGAACAUUGUUGAGAAGUUGAGUGAGAAGUGUGGAGACAGACUGCGCUUUUACCUGAGCAAAGCUGACGAGGCUGGACGAGAAACGGACAGACAGCGGGUGAUGAUGCAGAUCGUCCAAGAGCUGUGCAGGAGACCUGGACUCAACAAAUGCGGCUUCGAAAUGCCCACGAUAUACAUCCCCAACCCUCAAAAACCCAGCAGAUGCAUCAACCAGAUUGAUGAGGUUUGUGAGACCAUUGAGAAGAGCAUAAACCAAGCGGUGCAGAAAACACUCGACCAGCUGGAGAAAGACUGUAACCUGAUCAUCUCUGCCAUCAACCACACACUGGAACAGGACCGGAUGAACGUGAGUACUAAUAAAAGCAAUCGUUUUAAUUCCUUCCUGUGUGGAGUCCUGGGAGUCUUCCUUCCGUCGCUCUUCAUCCUCAGCUUUAUCAUCAGCACCUUCGCUCCAGAGGAACUGGACUCUCUUGUUGGAGAGGGGUUGGCUAAAACGCUCAACUUUUCCACAGGUGUUGUUGUGUAUCUGUGGGAAUGGAUACCUGAAGACUGGCAGAUAAUGUUUGUGAUCAUCUUUGGCACUCUGUGCUAUUUUAUGUUCUUCUUGGCCAAGUAUUUUGCACGUCAGGGCAGUAAGACGCUGACUAAGAGAGAGAAGAAGAAACUGGCAGAAUACAGUGAUUACAUUCAGGACGUCGUCAAAUCCAAGAAGCGGAAGCUGUACGAGGAGUAUCUUCGGCAGUGUGCUGCAGAAUAUGAUUUCUGAAGGAAACCUGCAUGACAGCCAUCAGCCACAUCAGAGUCGUCCGAAUAAUUCAUAUGAAGCACAUCCACUUGUAAAACAAUGGCGUAGUUUAAUUUUCAUGAGUGAGAAUAAGAAAAUCGGUGCCUUUUUGUUAAAUGUGAACCGUGUUGAACAAAAUGUGAUAUACAAACAUGACCUCAAUAUUAUCUUUCACCAGCUAGUUUUUCUAUAUGAAUCAUUUGUAAUAAUCAGACCUUGAACUGUUUUUAGCCAGUAAGCUGCAUCAUCACCAUGUAAUGACAUUUCAGUGUCACUUCUGAGACGAUAGCCUGCUUUCUGUGGCCUUCUUUUGAUCUCCAGGAGCACUGUGGGAGAAACCAAAGGUACCAAAUUCAACCUCAUAUACUCUUUACACAGUGUUUAUAUUAUUAAGUGACAUUUUUACUUUUUAUAAUGUGACACAGAAGAGUUUCUCCCAGCAGCCACAGAAAAGGUACUCGUCUAACUUUAGGUCUUCCUGUCGUUCAUGUAUGUGAAUGUACUGUUGCAUGUUUGUCUAUGUAUAUGUUGUUUAUAUAUAUAUGGUUUUAAAAUUAAGUGAUGCUGCCUGAAAGUUAUAACAUUUGGAAUUAUUCUCUUAGGGCAUUGUUUUAUGAAUAUUUAGUACUUGCUUAAUUUUAUUAUUAUUAUUAUUUUUUUUUUUUUUUUUUUUUGAGAAACCGUCCAUAUAUACAGGGUGCACAGUGGAAUCAUGCACUGAUUUAUUUCUUUAAGCAUUUUUAUUUUAUUACCUUAUUUUAUUUUUCAGCUUUUUAAAUGUAAAUUGUAAGAAACCGUAGCACUUCCGUGACUUUUAAAUGAACGUGCAUUUACCUCAGCGUUGCAAAAAUGCCUUUUAUUACGACUGCAAUAAUUCAGAUUUCAUAGCGUAUUGUUAUACGUAUUUUCCAAAUGGAUGUUAUUUAAAUUUCAGGCUUUAAAAUGAUUUUUACAGAACAAAAUGUCCUCUUUGAUCGACUCAAAACUUUGUGUCCCGCGGUCUUAUGCUAUGAUAAAUCGCUUGCCGUGUUUUCUGUAAGUAUAUUUGAAAGAACAAGCAGCACAAUAAAAUGUUAUAGCAACAAA